AAAAAAUCAAGCUUCCUUAAAUUGGUACAAAAAAACAAUCAAAUGACUAUUUAAAAAUCAAGUAACCGUCUUCACACUCUGAAAUACAGCCUUAAAAAACAUUAUCGGGCACGGCCUCGGAGCGAUAAGGGAAGAUUUUAUCAAUUUGAAAUAUCUGAAGUGCAAUGAAGAGUGAAAAGGGAUAUAAAAGCCAGUGAGGGAGAAGUAAUGAUAUAUAUUUGAUAAAAAAUGAAGUGAAAUGUUAAGAUCUAUUAGACAACGUGCAAAGCAUCCUUUUUUAUCUUAGAUCUGCAGUCACAGACCUCCAAUAUACUGAAAAAAUGUUUUAAAUAUGAAAAAUUACAAAUAAUUCACAAAAAGUUUGUUAAGCAACCCGGCAUUUGCAAAGUGCAUAUCGCGACAAUAAAAUUCAGAAUAUUAUCCUUAUAUUUGUUGACAAUAUAGAUUCUGAUUGUUAAUUGCUUCAUGUUUAAUAAAACAUAGAAUUAGAAGUAUAAAUAUUUAUAAGAAAGCAAACUCAUGUAGGUACUGAUAAUUUAAGUAAGGUAAGAAUUUUUUCUAAUUACCAUUCACAUACGUAUUCGCUAUCUAUUUCCGUAUCACCAACAGUUAUGGCACAUACGCUGUAUAUAUAUAAUCCGACAGAAAUGCUUGCGUUACAAUUUUAAAUAAACAUGGUCUCCACAACAGUUUUGUUAGUGAUAUUAACGGGCAUUGUUGUUACAAUGGCUUGCAAUAUUCGUAAAGAGGAAAACGGCUUCAUCUGCGUUUGCAACGCAAGUUAUUGCGACACAGUUCCAGAAGUUCAAGCACUUCGUUUUGAACAGUACCAACUUUACUCUACCGGGAAGUUUAAACCAGGUUUGAAUACACUAAUAGGAAAGUUUUCGGAAAAGCGCGGUAGGUCCCAAAACAUCAUUAAAGUUAACAUUGAGAAGAGAUAUCAGAAGAUUAUUGGUUUUGGUGGGGCUUUCACAGACGCAACAGGUAUCAACAUAAAUAGUUUAGAUGAAGCAGUUCAGGAAAAUCUCUUGGAAAGUUAUUUCGGUAAGAACGGCAUUGAGUACAACUUGUGUAGAGUUCCUAUAGGCGGUACAGAUUUUUCACCACGCCCUUACACUUACGACGAUUACACUGAUGAUACUAAAUUGGAACAUUUUAAACUACAAGAGGAAGACCUUAAAUUUAAGAUUCCAUUCAUAAGAGCUGCUAAGAAGCUGAGGGGUGGCAGAAACUUAAAACUGUUUGCAUCUGCAUGGACAGCACCGAUUUGGAUGAAAACUAACAACGUAUUUACUGGAUAUUCCCUUCUGAAGGAAGAGUAUUAUCAGCUGUGGGCUGAUUACGUUAUAAAAUUUUUCGAUCAAUACAGAUUACAUAAUAUAACAUAUUGGGGAAUGACUACUGGAAAUGAACCUAUGGACGGAUUUAUUACAUACACGGAAUCUAAGAUUAAUGCAAUGGGGUGGGUUCCUCUGAUGCUGGCUAAAUGGAUAAACGAAAAUCUAGGACCAAAUAUUCAUAGGUCACCUUAUGAGGGUCUGAAAAUAAUAAUUCACGACGACGCAAGGCUAACUCUACCUUAUGUUGUUCCAUUAUUACUCAAUGAAUCGUUAAAGUAUAUCGAUGGGGUUGGUGUGCAUUGGUAUUGGGAUGAUAGAGUGCCGGCAGAUGUGUUAAAUUUAAUAAAAACGGAUAAGAAGGAGGUGUUCCUGCUCUCAACUGAAUCAUGCAUCUUUAGAGAAGGACUCACACUGGGAAGUUGGGACAGAGCAGCCAGGUACAUAGGAAGUAUCAUAGAGUACCUAGAAAACAAUUUUGGUGGGUGGUUAGACUGGAACAUGGCUUUAGACACGUCUGGCGGCCCGACAUACAUAGGUUAUGAAGCCGACAGUCCCAUCCUUGUAAAUGCGUCCUCUCAGGAAUUCUAUAAGCAACCGAUGUUUUAUGCCAUGGGUCAUUUUUCCAAGUUUAUCGUGCCUGAUUCUGUCCGCUUGGAGACAUCUUAUACUUCUAAAAAGGACGGUGUCAAAUCCAUGGCAUUCUUAAGGCCAGACAACUUGAUUGCUGUUGUAAUUUUUAAUAAUGGUACCUCCAAUUCAAAGGUACAGAUUCAAAGAAGCGGUAUUUACUCAAAUCUAAUAGACGUAGAAGCAAAAUCUAUAUACACAGUUCUGUUUCCAGUAGGAAAGGACGUAAAAUAGUUUUAUGAAGCUCGAAAAGGUAAAAAAGACAACAAUGACUACCGAAGAAUUAUUUAUUAAAUAUACAACGUGUCCUAAUGUUUAGAUGUACACACUAAAUACAAACAUGGACCAUUUUAUAUAUAAACUUAAAUAUGUAAGGGUUCUAAUAUAUUUU